UCUACAAGCUAUUUGUGUUUCAUUUAGGGUAGUAACAUCAGAGUUGGAGCUUAGAUGUAACUGCGAUAGUGUUAAAACAAGCGAAAGUUGAAGUUUUCCUUAAGUGUGCGAUACCCUCGGGCAUUCCUGCUAUACCUUUUGCCAUAUCUUGCGCAUUGCCUUGCGGGCUGAGGCGGGACUUUGAUAGCUCUCGAGUUCAGCCGACGCAAUGGCGACAUUUGUUCUGUAUGAGUCGGCGGUGGGGUAUGGCAUCUUUGAAAUCACUGAGUUCGACGAGAUUGGGCAGGCUGUCGACAAGGUGCAGGAGGCGAUCAGCGACUUGGCCCGCUUUGGACGCAUCGUCAAGCUUGUCGCGUUUAAGCCUUUCCCUUCCGCAGCGGACUCUCUAGAGCAAAUAAAUGCCAUAUCUGAGGCGCAGCUCACCGAUGAGCUGAAGGCUUUUCUGGAGCUUAAUAUGCCCAAGGUGAAAGAGGGUAAGAAGGCAAAAUUCAAGCUCGGGGUUUUUGAGCCAAAGCUCGGCAGCGUUAUCCAGGAGACAACCAACAUCCCGUGCAUCAGCAAUGAUGUUGUCGGCGAGGUCAUUCGCGGUAUCCGUGCCAAUAUUUCCCGCUUCAUCUCGGUAUCGGACGCCGAUAUGAAGCGCGCGCAACUGGGUCUGGCGCACUCCUACUCGCGUGCGAAGGUCAAGUUCAACGUGAACAAGGUGGACAACAUGAUCAUUCAGGCCAUCGCGCUCCUGGACACGCUCGACAAGGACAUCAACACCUUCGUCAUGCGUGUGCGGGAGUGGUAUUCGUGGCAUUUCCCAGAGCUCGUAAAAAUUAUCAACGACAACUACCAGUAUGCGCGACUGGCGCUGGUUAUUAAGGACAAGUCCACGCUGACUGAGGAGCAGUUGCCUGCUAUGAGUGAGAUCGUGGGCGAGGAGUCGAAGGCGAAAGAGAUACUCGAUGCGGCACGAUCAUCUAUGGGGCAGGACAUUUCGCCUAUCGACCUUCUCAACAUUGAGGUGUUUGCGCAGCGGGUCAUUAAGCUGGCUGAGUACCGCCAGAAGCUGCACACCUACUUGCUGGAUAAGAUGCACGCAGUGGCACCGAACUUGUCGGCACUAAUUGGUGAGGUGGUGGGUGCGCGCCUCAUCAGCCAUGCGGGCAGUCUCACGAACCUUGCCAAGUACCCAGCCUCGACGGUGCAAAUCCUGGGAGCCGAGAAGGCGCUGUUCAGGGCGCUUAAGACGCGAGGCAACACGCCCAAGUACGGCCUCAUAUUCCACUCUUCCUUCAUUGGGCGCGCCAAGCAGCGCAAUAAGGGCCGCAUUUCCCGCUACCUAGCGAACAAGUGCUCGAUCGCCUCGCGCAUUGACUGCUUCAUGGAUGCGGCUACCAAUGUGUUCGGCGAGAAAAUGCGGGAGCAGGUAGAGGAGCGACUGCGCUUCUACGAGGAGGGCGUGGCGCCGCGUAAGAACGCAAACGUCAUGGGUGAGGCCAUGGAGGUGCUGAAGACGCAGCUGGCGACGGAGGAGGAGGAUGGGGCGGAGAAGAAGAAGAAGAAGGACAAGAAGGAGAAGCGGAAACGGGAGGCUUCGGAGCCUGCUGAGGACGUCCCCGCGGAGGACGGGGUGAAGGAGGAGAAAAAGAAGAAGAAAAAGAAGUCGGUAGCCGAGGCGGAGCCCGCAGUGGAGGACAGCGGAAAGAAAAAGAAGAAGAAGGUCAAGGAGUGAUGGUGUACCUGCUGCGCUUCACGUGUAUCCCUACAUACAGUGACAUAUGAAUUAACUGAACGACUUCUUGGACGCACGACGGAGGGGGUUUUCGCGUCAACUCGUUUGGGCGCUGUGAAGGAAUCCCCCGCGCACAGCACUUCACCAUGCAACGCGCCUCCCAACGUAACUCCUUACUCGCAGUCGUGUGUUGACCCCGGGGUAGAAGGGUAGUUGUGAAUCGCGUUUCUUUGUCUUCAGAUGUAGGUAUGUUUGGGGUAGUGGGUUUCCGUGGCUUUAGGGGGCUGGACGGGGGCUUCGUAGGUUCAGGGGAGGUGUGGACAGUCGCAGGCAUGUGCUGGUUCUCAAAGUCGUUUGGGACUGAAGUCUCGGUGGGUGGACCUCAGUUUGCUGACCACGCAUGUCCAACUUUCGGCAUGCUUUUGCAAUAUCCACAAAUGGUCAGGCUUGGUACGGAGGUUUAGGCGAGGGGAGGCCUAUUUCUUUGGCUUUGUUGACCGCUGCCUCUUACCGAUGUAACAAGUUGACAACGCUGACGUUAGAUGCGGGAUCAUGGAUGUUGAGGGGUUGACCAUUAAAAGAUGGUACGGUAUGUGCUACACUUCGCAUGGAACUUAUAGUCGCCGAUCAUCAUAAGGAUGUGCAAAAUAAAGGCAGCAAGUGCCGCGCCCGUUUACUAUAUCGGCUGGUUUGCAGCGAUGUUCGUAGCGACGGCGGCAGGGGGGUGAUUAAUUUUCUUCUACCCCGUGAUUAGAAAGGUCAAGGACAGGGGCCCGGACCAACACCCCCUGCCGUACAGGGCCAUGCAGUUGUAAAUUUCGUCAAAUCGCUUCGGAAGACCACCGUUCGACUUUUUUCCAA